AUGUUGGUAAAAUGUGAAACAAAAAGUCAUCGAGUGAAAAGUAUUUCAUUCCACCCAAAGAUAAACAUGAUACUAGCAGGACUACAUAAUGGGGUAAUACAGUUAUGGGAUUAUAGAAUAGGUAUACUAAUAGACAAGUUUGAAGAACAUGAAGGACCAGUAAGAGGUGUAGAUUUCCAUUCGGUUCAACCACUUUUUGUUAGCGGAGCUGAUGACUAUUUAAUUAAAGUAUGGAAUAUACAUUUAAAAAAAUGUGUUUUUAAUUUAGUUGGUCAUUUAGAUUAUAUAAGAAUAGUUCAAUUUCAUUUAGAGUAUCCUUGGGUUCUUUCAGCAUCUGAUGAUCAAACUAUUAGGAUAUGGAAUUGGCAAAGUAGAGUAUGUAUUGCUAUAUUAACAGGUCAUAAUCAUUAUGUAAUGUGUGCUCAGUUUCAUCAUACAUUUGAUUUGGUCAUAUCUAGUAGUUUAGAUAAAACCUUAAGGGUAUGGGACAUCAAAUUAUUAAGAGAAAAAAAUGUUAUAUCGAAAAAUGAUAUUUCUAAGAAUGACAUAUCAUCUAAAAAUGAUAUAUCUUUAAGUGAUAAACCAUACGGUAUAUCAAAAAACAUGUACAAUGCAGAAUUUUUAAAUAUGAGUAGUGAAAGUAUGAACAUGUAUUCGUUCAUCUCGAAUCAGCAGCAGUAUCAACAGCAGUACCCGAAUCAAUACCAGCAACAGCAACAACAACAACAACAGAGUAACAGUAAUAACAUGUUUGGAGCAUCGGAUGCUGUUUGUAAAUUCGUUUUAGAAGGACAUGAAAAAGGAGUGAACUGUUGUACAUUCCAUCCGAAUUUGCCAAUUAUUGCAUCAGGAUCCGAUGAUAAAUUAGUAAAAUUAUGGAGAUAUAAUGAUAACAAGUGUUGGGAACUAGAUACUCUUAGAGGUCAUUUUAAUAAUGUUUCAAGUUUAUUAUUUCACAGAACAAAUGAUGAUUUGUUACUAAGUAACAGUGAAGAUAGGACAAUAAGAAUAUGGGAUAUAACUAAAAGGACGUGCAUACAUACCUUUAGAAGAGAUAAUGAUCGAUUUUGGAUUUUAGCUUUUAAACCAAAUUCUAAUCUAAUAGCAUCAGGACAUGAUUCUGGUAUGGUUAUUUUUAAAUUUGAAAAAGAGAAAUGCCCAUUUGAUACAUAUGAAAAUAUUCUUUUCUAUUGUAAAGAGAAACGUAUCUUUAUGUAUGAUAUACAUAGGGACACACAUAUGACAAUUUGCACAAUUCGAAAGAGUGUAAAUGCUAUGAUAUCUGGAUAUCACAAACUUAUAUACAAUCAUUUUUGCACAACACAUAUUAUGAUCCUUUUUAUAUACAAAGAAGAGGAUAACUACAACUUUGAUCUUAUUAUAUGUGAUAAAGUCAACAGUUCAACAAAACAUGGCACAGAAAAUGCUUCUUCCUCUUCUUUAAAUUUUUUCAAAUCUUGGACAAAGAAGGAUAACACCAUAAAUAAGACGAAUGCAAAUGUAAAUAAUGAAAUUAACCUUGACAGUGUCAAGUAUUUGAUAAAGAACAAGCACUGCUAUAACGUUACCUUUCUUUCUAGAAAUAAGUACAUCCUUGUGGAAAGAAAAAGUAGUGCAGUGAGUAGUGUAAGUGCUAGAAACUAUGGACAGCAUUGCAGCAGUAGUAGUAGUAACCAUAAUUACGUGUUAAAUAUACAUAAUUUACCGGACGACAACCUGUACAAGAAAGUGGAAAUCCCCUUUAAAGUUGAAAGUGUAUAUACAUUGAAUAAUAAUAAAAUUAUUAUUUGUUCAGAUCAUAGAAUAUAUUUAUAUGAUAUCAAUCUUAAAAAAAUAUUAAACGAAAUGCAUCACACAGACAGUAUUAUAUCAGUGGAAGUUCUUAAGGACUAUGUAGCUUUUGUUUUUAAAUAUAACAUUGUUAUUACUACAACGGACCUUGCUCACCUAUGCACAGUACACGAGUAUACAAGAGUGAAGAGCGGUAUCUGGGAUGAAAAUAAUAACAGUGUAUUUAUAUAUAAUACUAUUAGUCAUCUGAAAUAUAUACUUAUAAAUGGUGAAACAGGACUAAUUAAGUAUAUGGACGAACCUGUGUAUUUAUUUAAAAUAUAUAAUAAUCAUUUAUAUUAUAUUAAUAGACAACAAAUUGUUAAGAAUGAACUUUUGAAUGAUACCGAGUAUUUAUUUAAAUUAUCUCUUAUUAACAAUGAUGAAGAAUCUGCAUAUCGUUACUUAAACAUGCAUUGUAAUUCAUACAGUAUGAAUGAAUUGGAUAAAAAAAAAAAAGAUUUAUACUUCAGUUAUAACCUUAUUGGAUAUAUUAAAAAAAAAGGUUUUGCAAAUUUAGCUGUACAUAUGGUUAAUAAUAAUCAUACGUUAUUCAAUUUGUCAAUUCAGCUUGGCCAUUUAAAUAAUGCAUUAAAAGCUGCAAAAAAAAUCGAUAAAAAACAUAUAUGGAAUAUCUUAAGUGUACAUGCUUUGUUACUAGGAAAUUAUGAUAUAGCGGAAUAUUCUUUACAACGAAAUAAAGCAUAUGACAAAUUAUCAUUUCUUUACUUUUUCAGUGGGAAUAUUGAAAAAUUGAAAAAAAUGCUAUCCAUAUCAAUUAUAAGAAAAGACUUUAUUUCUAUAUUUCUAAACUCGUUAUAUUUAGGAAAUAUUGAACAAAGAAUAAAUAUCUUUAUUCAACAAAAUCAACUAAAUCUUGCUUUGAUUUGUUCACAUUUAUAUAAUAUACCCAUCAACUUGUCUGAAAAACAAUUCGACUUUGACAUAAACGAAUGCACCUACUUCCCCCAGAAGUCCUACUACUUGUCCCCCCCCAUUCCUAUUGUUAAAAUAGAGGAGGGCCUGUUGCAAAGGCAAAAGGAGGAAGUCGUUCCUUCGGUCACUGCUCAUCUACAUGGGAAAGGGAAAGAGCAACAAGGGGAAGAGCAGGAAGAUCAACGUGAACAACAUGAACGACAUGCUUCCCCAUACCCGCCGAAGGUGCCGAUGUGCUGGAACAACUCGUACAACUGGCCCGUCGUCAAUCUGGAGCAAACCUACCGUCGACAUGAUGACAAGGGGGAAAAGGCAAAAAAGACACACACUAAGUUACAAAAACAGGAAAGGGACACAAACAACCUGAACAGGCAAGGUGAAAAUGGUAAGAAGAGGACAGGUGGUUAUCCAGGUAAAAAAACAACAACCUCAUUUGAGGGAGAAGACCAUUUUAAUGAUGUCAGAUCAGAUGGAAAAAGUAGCUUUGGUGAUGAAAAUGAUGUUUGGAAAGAUGAUGUGAACGAUGAAGAUAUAAUUAAUAUUUCCUUGGAUUUAAAUGUAGAUGUAGAUGAUCAUCAAAAUUUUAUCAAUAAGAAAUUUACCAAAAUUGAAAAAGGCGAAAGUGUAAUCCAUAAAUCGUUAAGAAAAAAUGGAAAAAUUAUUGACUAUAUAAGAACAGGAAAUAUUGGAACUGCCUUAAAAUUAAUAUCCAAAAAAUUUGGUAUUGUAGAUAUGAAACCAUUAAAAUUUAUUAUUAAAAGUAUAUAUGUUUCAACAUAUGCAUAUAUGACCCCUAUGCAAAAUAUGCUUCCGUUGAAAAUACCAAUCAAUAUGAAUGAACAUACGUUAAAUAAUAACGUUUAUAUUACUAAAUCAUUUCUUUUUAAUCAUAUUAAGAAAGCUCAUAAGUUAGUUACCUUGGGGAAAUUCUCACUAGCUUUAGAUAUGUUUAGAAAUAUACUAUACCAUAUGUUAUUUAUCAAUCCAAAUGACCAUAAUGAUGAUAAUGAUGAAAAAGAAUUAAAUGAAUACUUAGAUAUGUGUACUAGCUACAUUUUAGCUAUGCGAUUAGAAGAAGAAAGAAAUGUAACUGCAAAUCAAGAUCCAAGGAGAAGCCUAGAAUUAAUGGCUUACUUUACAUGCACGUCUUUGCAAAAUUCACAUCUAUACUUGGUCCUUAGGAGGGGAAUGGGUUUAGCUUGGAAAGCGCAGAACUAUGUUACAGCGGGAUCGUUUGCGAAAAGACUGAUAAAUGGAAAUUACAAAAACAUAAAAGGGUCAGACGAAGAAAUCAUCAAGGCAAAAAAAAUUUUACUCAUGUGUGAACAGAAAAGUACAGAACAGUACAACAUAGAUUAUGAUCCCAAUGACUACAACAGCAUAAAAGUAUGCUGUAUGAGUUUGACCAGAAUAAAGGCAAAUGAAGACGUGGUUAUUUGUCCCUUUUGCCAAUCCAUUGCAAAAAAGGAAUUUACUUCGAAAUUAUGUCCAAAUUGUGUUGUAGCACAGUUGGGAGUAAAGGCCCUUGGUUUCGACUUUUUAAACAAAAACUAUUAA